GGGACGAAAACGUCGCAGAAUUUUCUGAACGCAUCUGGCAGUUCAUUGUUGAAAAAUGCUAGGUUAUAUGCACGUGUUUAUCGUUUCCGCAUGGCAUGGAGCAGUGAUAUAAUUUUUCUACCGGCAUAAUUUAUUUUGAGUUAAGAUGACUCUGGAAAGUUUUCCCCGAGGAGGGAAGAAACCUCCUGGAAUCAAGAGGCUUACAGAUGCGCCGUUUGAGGAGAAGCUUAAAUCCAAAAGGCAUAAAACGCAGACGAAGAAAAGAAAAGAUAACGCAAUUGUAGAAGAAACAAAUCUUAUUCCCACCACUGCAGACCGACUAUGUCAAACGAUUCCACGCGAAGGACUGAUUCUCCUUGGACGGGUUUCUGAAGUGUCGGAGUACCACUUGCUAGUGUCUCUACCGGGUGGAUUUGUAGGACAGGUGCAAGCUACAGAUCUCGGCCAAUCGUACACAAAUCUGUUGCAAGAUAUAAUCGACGCAAAGGCCGUCCAGUCGAAUGACUUCAAGCCCCUACCAGAUUUGUUUAAACCUGGCGAUUACGUAACGUGCUGCAUCAAAAGUAUAAAUAACGAAAGCAAAUGGUCCUGCAGUUUAUCUAUGGAGCCGCAGUUGAUAAAUCAAAAUGUUAAUACCAGUUAUCUUGCGAAAGAUUCAAAGGUGGUUUGCACUGUCAAGAGCGUAGAGGAUCAUGGCUAUAUAGUUGACACAGGUAUAGCCAAUGUUAGGGCAUUUGUCGCUACUGAGGACAUUGAGAAGGGAAAGCAAUAUUUUCCAGGCAGUCAACUCUUGUGUGCUGUCAAGGAAAUAAAAACGGUAGAUAACACGUCUGUCAUCAAAUUGUCGACUAAAAGGAAAAAGAUCGACAAGAUUAACGCACAUGACGUAGUGUCUUUGGACGUUUUAGUGCCGGGAACAAAAUUGCCGCUUUAUGUAACAAAGGUGCUUUCCAAUGGCCUGCAAGUUACGUUUGGGAAGGAUAAUGUUGGAUUUAUAAAUCAAAUUUACUUAAACAACCCUUUAUCUACGUAUGCAGAUAAUACGGAAGUGACCGGUACAUUAUUGUACAUAUUGCCAACGGUGAAAUUAGCGUACUUUAGUCUGUUGGCUGACACGUCGGAAAAGGAGAUGUUGCGCAUAGGCGAUAUUGUAGAGAGAGCUAAAGUUCUGUACAGAGAAUCCAGUGGGCUAAUUUUCAAGUUAUCUAAAUCUGGGCUACGCGGAUAUAUCUCUUUUCGAAGAACGAACGUCCCGUUUGCCAAGAUUCCGACCGAAUUCAAAGAAGGUUCCACACAUAAAUGCAGAAUUCUCGCGUACAACUGGCUGGAGCACUUUUAUGUCUGUACAAUGGAGGAAGAAAUUUUGAGGCAGAAAUAUUUCUCAGCUUUUGAUCUUAAUAUUGGCGACGUUCUCACCGUGACCAUUCAUAUCGAACCAUCUAAUUCGGUCAUACAUGCACAAGUCGGAAGGAUUUGGGGAAUUGUCCCGAUUGAACACGUAUCCGAUAGCGGGUUGAGCGCUGUGCACAAAUUGAAACCCGGGGACAGCGUCGAGGCGAGAGUCCUGGAUAAAGUUGAUAAUGAUAAUAAACGAGUGAAAUUCACGCUGAAGCAGUCGCUAAUAAAGAGCAAGUUGCCGGUUUUGCAUCGUUUUGAGGAUGCCAAAUGCGGAAAAAAGUAUCACGGUACGGUCAGCAUGAUAGAUAAGAACGGCUUAUUGGUGAGAUUCUACGGAAAGGUAAAAGGAUGGGUCCCACGCGGUACGUUGGACAGAGAUACGCGUGAUAUGAAUUGGAAUUAUUCCGUUGGCCAGACAGUUACGGUGUGCAUUGAAUCGGUGGAGAAGGACAACGGUAGAAUGAAAUUGAGAAUCGUUUCCGAGGAAGAGAAGCAAUCCGUUAGCUUCUCGAUCGGAGAAACGGUCGAAGGGACCGUGACGGAAUCGUCCAUCAAAGGAAUAUAUUUGAUGAUACGGAAAGAAGAUGACGAAAACGUUGCGACGGGCUUCUUACCAGCGGGCCACAUGGCUCCGUGCAUCGAAAUCGGCAGCUUACUUGCGUCGAGAUGCGCUCCCGGGGACGUGAUCUCGGCUCUCGUGUUCGCCACAAAGCCGGCCGUAAUAUUGUCGCGCACUUUCGUGACCCAGGAGAAAUACAGGAGCUUCGACUCGUUGAAAAUAGGCGAUUGCAUUCCGUGCACGGUGCGAUACAUAUUGCAGGACGGCGUGAGAGUUGUCUUGCCGAUCGAAAAUUACUCCAAGCUCGGAUUUGUGCCGUACAAGAACGUCAGCAAUUUCGAGGAAUUGUACACGAAUCAGAUAUUAUUCGUUAAAAUCACAGCAAUCAACAAGCGAGAGAAAGAGCUCACUUUGACAAUGUCGUUGAAAGACGUGUGGGAGAGUCCGUCUGAGUACGAGGUCAAGAUGAUGUCGGCGGUGGAUAUCUUGAGUUUGUACCUCAGCAAAUUGUCGGAGCUGGCGAGGACCACGUACUACGAGAACAGGCCGAUUUCGUCGGCGACUCUGGGUCAAAAAGUUACCGGCACCGUCAAGAACAUAACUGAGCACGGUUUGGUGCUGCAGUUGAACGAUCAGUUGAUGGCCACCGUGCGCAAGGAUCAUUGUUUCGGCAAUCCUCAAGUAGGGGACCAAGUGUUCGGUACGAUCCUGUGGAAGAAUUACGUCCACGAGCUCGCCGACGUGUCGUUGCUACCGAGAAUAAUAAACGGCAUCAGCUCGAAGCAACGGAUGCUGCCAGAAUUGCCCACUGGGGUCACGUUAAAAGCAGAGAUCCUGAUGAUCACCAAGUGGUUCAUACUCGUCGUCGUGAAACGUAACGGCGCGGGAUAUCUGGCGGCACUGCCCGUCCGCCGACACGCGAACGACAAUUCUCCCGAUCUGACGCCUUACAGGGUCCACGCCAAGAUUCGACUGUACGUUAUAAUGAAAGGGAGCGAGUCUGAUAUCGUCCCGAUUUGCAUGCUAAAGUCCGCAUUCGAAACUCCAAAGAACACGAUUACAGCGGGGCAAUCUACUAGCAAGAAGAAACAAUUGAAGAGGAAGGUGGUGUCUGCGCCACACGAUGUAGAUCUUACAAAUCCGUCAAAAAAAGCGCCGAAGGAAGUCCCGAAGGAAGCGCCGCAAAAAGCCUCGAAGAAAUCGUUGAAGAAAAAAAAUGAGAAGAAAGAUGAAAUUGAAGUCAACAAGGAGGAGAUCAGAAUAAAAGACAUAGAUGAGAAUUCCGAAUCGGCUGAAGAUUCUGUCGACGAAGAUGAAACAGAGGCGACUAAAUCAGCGGGAAGAUUGCGCGUUCCGGAGUGCGGAUUUUCUUGGGACGACAAGGCAAAAUCGGCCGCUUCUGCCAGCGCUGAGACGUCCAGCGACGACGAGGAGGAGCCCGAAGAGGAGCCUAAACGGAAGAAGAAAAAGAAGCUGAGCGCGGCUGAGCGGCGGGAACAGGAACGGCAGAAGGAGCGCGAGAUUCGCCAGCGGGAGGAAGCUCUGGCGAGCAAUCAGGCACCCAGCUCCGUCGAUCAGUUCGAUAAAUUGGUUUUGUCGAGCCCCGACAGCUCGUUAGUGUGGCUACAGUACAUGGCGUAUCAUCUGCAAGCGACGGAGAUCGACAAGGCGAGAGCGGUCGCGAGACGUGCCAUCAAAACGAUCAAUUUCAGGGAGGAGAACGAACGGUUGAACGUGUGGAACGCGUGGCUGAAUCUGGAGUCCAGAUACGGCACCGCCGAGUCCCUGAACGACGUGUUCCAGGAGGCCGUGAAGACGAACGACGCGUACAAAGUGUACAUGCACAUGCUGACCGUACACGCGGAUGCCGGUAGGAAGGCCGAGCUUGAGAAAUUGAUCAGCACCGUGAUCGGCAAGUUCAGGCAAGAUCCUCAGACGUGGAUAGAUUGCGGCGGUGCGUUGCUGAAAAUUGGCAUGAAAGAAAAGUCGCGGCAGAUUAUGCAACGGGCGUUACAAUCUUUGCCCGUAUCUCAGCACGUAAACUUGCUGGUGCGAUUUGCGAAUUUGGAGAACAAGCUGGGAGACAAGGAACGAGCGCAAACGUUAUUCGAGAACAUCCUGAGCUCUUAUCCUAAACGUGUCGACGUGUGGUCGUGUUACGUCGAUUGCCUGAUCAAGUCCGAGAACAUCGAUCUAGCCAGGAAGGUGUUGGAACGGGCAUGCGUCCAAACGCUUCCGCCGAGAAAGAUGAAAACUCUCUUCACGAAAUUUAUAAAUUUCGAGGAAAAGUACGGUACGGCCGAGGCUGUAGCUCGCGUGCGGCAGAUGGCUGCGGAUUACGUGGAGAAACAUACAUAAUGUGUUUCGUAUUAUAAAAAAUGUUAUCAAUUUGAUGCAUACAGCGAGUAGAAAAUUCCUCUAUUAUGUUAUUAUAUUCCAACAGAAUCCAGUAUAUCAAUAUUCUUCUUUUUUUUUCUUCCUCUUCACAUGAAUUUCCGACUUGAAAUUUCAUCCCCAGAUUCAAAGGAGUAAUUUAUUUCAUAAUCGCACAAGAAUUAUUUAAAAUGUAGAUGCCAUGAGGAACAUCAUAUCGUCUCGUCCUACAAGAUACGCGAUUGGUCGCUCUCAUUACAUUUGCAAUUUCUAACACGGAUACAACAUUCGUUACAGUUACAUUAUGUAUCAUACGUUGUUCGCACAUUAAUUUAAGAUUUUUUAUAUCAUAUUUUUCAGCUAAUGCAAACAAUUGACGUAACAUUACUACAUUUAUUUCUAUUAGUGUAAAUAUACCACCAAUUAUUAAAGUAAAUACUAAUUCGUCCAAAACAUCAUGUUUU